GCAGCCCCAGAACCCGGAUUGGACAGCGCAGCUCGGCCGGGACCCCCAACCCAGCCCCGCAGAGAGACCCCGGCACGGCACAGCCCCAGCAUGGCCCCUCUGGGCGAUGAGACCCCGCUGAUCUGCGGCCGUUCGAGCAGCCUGUCCUCUGCCGAGGGGGGUCCCCUGCAGGUGCUGCUGUACCACCGAGCCCCCGGCCCCCGGCGCGACCCCCGCAGCGCCCCGGGCACGCUCAGCUUCCCCUGCGGGGAGUACACGGCCGAGGAGCUGUGCGUGAGAGCGGCCAAGGCGUGCGGCGUGCUGCCCGUGUGCCACCCCCUCUUCGCCCUGGCCACCGAGGACCUGAGCUGUUGGUUCCCCCCCAGCCACGUCUUCAGCGUGGACGAGUCCUGCAGCCAGCUCGUGGUUUACAGGAUCAGGUUCUUCUUCCCCAACUGGUGCGGGCUGGGACAGUCCCACCGCUUCCAGCUGCUCAACGACCGCGCCAGCCCCGUCCUGGACUACCCGGUCAUCGAUUACCUGUUCGCCCAGUCCCGCAGCGAUUUCAUCGGGGGCCGCGUGUCCGUGGGGCUGAGCCUGCCCUCGCAGGAGCAGUGCCUGAGCCUGGCCGUGCUGGACAUGCUGCGCAUCGCCGGGGAGCAGCGGCAGAGCCCCGAGCAGGUCUGCAGCAGCGUCAGUUACAAGUCGUGCCUGCCGGAGCCGCUGCGGGCUCAGAUCCAGCAGCACAACUUCGUGACCCGCAAGCGGCUGCGGCGCCGCUUCGGGGAAUCCCUGCGGCGCCUCGGGGGCUGCCACCCGGACGGACCCCACCUCAAAUUAAAAUACCUGCUGGACCUGGAGCGCCUGCAGCGCCAGAGCAGCGAGGAGAUUUUCAGGGUGCGCUCACCAGGAUCCACCGCUCCCAUCGCAAUCCACGUGUGCGGGGACAGCGGAGUGAGCUGGAGCUGCGGCGGGUCCGAGAGCCGCCAGCAUUUCUGCGACUUCCCCGACAUCGCCGACAUCAGCAUCAAGCAGGCGGCGAGCGGCGCGGCCGAGAACCGGCUGGUCACCGUCACCAAGGCGGACACCCGCGUGCUGGAGGUGGAGUUCCCCUCGCUGCGGGAGGCUCGCUCCUUCGUGGCGCUGCUCGAUGGUUACUACCGGCUGACGGCGGAUGCCCAGCACUACUUCUGCAGGGAGGUGGCGCCUCCGCGGCUGCUCGAGGAUCUGGAGAAUCAGUGCCACGGGCCCAUCAGUGCCGAGUUCGCCGUGAACAAGCUGGAGGCGGCCGGGGGAGCCCCGGGGCUGUUCCUGCUGCGCCGCAGCCCCCAGGAUUUCGACAGCUACCUGCUGACCGUGUGCGUCCAGACCGGCUCGGGCCGGGAUUACAAGCGGUGCCGGAUCCGGAGGGAUGAGAGCGGGCACUUCUGGCUGACGGGGGUGGCGCGGAGGUUCGGGAGCCUGCGGGAGCUGCUCGGCACCUACGGGCACCGCGGGCUGCAGGCCGAGGGGACACUGAUCCGCCUGGAGGUGGCCUGUCCCCCCCGGGCCAAAGACAAGUCCAACCUGCUGAUUGUGCGCAGCGGGGUCCCGCACCCCCCCGGCUCCCCGCCCGCCCCCCGGCGCCGCAGCCUGCACCAGAUGAUGUUCCACAAGAUCGACCCCCAGAGCCUGACACGGGGCGAGAGCCUGGGCCAGGGCUCCUUCACCCAGAUUUACAAAGGCGUCAAACGGGAGCAGGACGAGCAGGACGGAGCCCGGCACACCCCGGUGGUGCUCAAGGUCAUGGACAGCAGCCACCAAAACUGCCUGGAGUCCUUCCUGGAGGCCGCCAGCACCAUGAGCCAGCUGUCCCACAAACACCUGGUGCUGCUGCACGGCGUCAGCCUCGGCAAGGACACCGUGAUGGUGCAGGAGCUGGUCCGGCACGGGCCCCUGGACCUGUACCUGCGCAAGAACCGCGGCGCCGUGAGCACCGGCUGGAAGCUGACGGUGGCCAAGCAGUUGGCCUACGCCCUCAACUACCUGGAGGACAAGAAGAUCCCACACGGGAACGUCUCGGCCAAGAAGGUGCUGCUGGCCCGGGAGGGGGACGCCGGGGGCAGCCCCCCCUUCAUCAAACUCAACGACCCCGGGGUCAGCGUCACCGUCCUGGCCCCGGACAUGCUGCUGGAGCGGAUCCCGUGGGUGGCCCCCGAGUGCGUGCACGAUCCCGGGAGCCUGGGGCUGCCCGCCGACAAGUGGGGCUUCGGAGCCACCCUCUGGGAGAUCUUCAGCGGGGGCAGCGUGGCCCUGAGCCUGGCCGAGCCCCGCAGGAAGCUGGAAUUCUACCAGAGCCGCCAGCACCUCCCAGCCCCGAAGUGGCCCGAGCUGGCCGCGCUGGUGGCCCAGUGCAUGGAGUACGAGCCCCAGCGCCGGCCCUGCUUCCGCGCCCUCAUCCGCGACCUCAACAGCCUCAUCACCUCGGAUUACGAGCUGCUGUCCGAGCUGUCCCCCGCCGAAGGGACACCGCGGGAUGGCUUCUGGGGACACGAGUCGCUGGCCAUGAGCCACGACCCCGAGCAUUUCCAGGAGCGGCACCUCAAGUACAUCUCGCUGCUGGGCAAGGGCAAUUUCGGCAGCGUGGAGCUUUGCCGCUACGACCCCCUGGGCGACAGCACGGGUGAGCUGGUGGCCGUGAAGAGGCUGCAGCAGGACUCGGCCAAGGAGCUGCGGGAAUUCGAGAGGGAGAUCCAGAUCCUGCACUCGCUGCAGCACGAGUUCAUCGUGCGCUACCGGGGCGUGUGCUACAGCCGCGGGGUGCGGGGGCUGCGGCUGGUGAUGGAAUUCCUGCCCAACGGCUGCCUGCGAGAUUUCCUGCAGCGCAACCAGCCCCGCCUGCAGCACAGCUCGCUGCUGCUCUACGCCUGGCAGAUCUGCAAGGGGAUGGAGUACCUGGGGGCUCGGCGCUGCGUGCACCGGGACCUGGCGAGCAGGAACAUCCUGGUGGAGAGCGAGAGCCACGUCAAGAUCGGCGACUUCGGGCUGGCCAAGCUGCUCCCGCACGACAAGGAGUACUACGUGGUGCGGGAGCCCGGGCAGAGCCCCGUGUUCUGGUACGCCCCCGAGUCCCUCUCUGACAACGUUUUCUCCUGUGCCUCGGACACCUGGAGCUUCGGGGUGCUGCUCUACGAGCUCUUCACCUACGGCAGCAAGAGCAGGAGCCCCUCGGAGGAGUUCCUGCGCAUGCUGGGCUCGGGGAAGCCGCCCCACAUCGUGUGCCAGCUCCUGGAGCUGCUCAGGGACAGCCGGCGGCUCCCGGCGCCCCCCGGGUGUCCCUCGGAGGUGUACUCUCUGAUGUCGAGCUGCUGGAGUUUCUCCCCCUCUGCCAGACCCAGCUUUGAGGAGCUGGGCCCCAAACUCGAGGAGCUGAGGAGCAAAACUCGGGGGUGACCCCCCAAAAAAUCCCAAAA